AUGUCAGGAGCUGCCGCCGUCUUUGCCCCCGGUUCCACGGCUCUCAUCACCGGCGGGGCCUCUGGAGUCGGCCUUGCGGUCGCCAAGCUGUGCCACGCCAAGGGAAUGAACCUGCUGCUCGUCGACCGCAACGCCGAAGCUCUAGACCGUGCUAGGCUGUCGCUUGCGGGCGGCGAGCAUACUGCUGCUGGUGGUGGUGGUGGUGGUGGUGUGGACGACGCCUCCUCCGGACCGCCGCGCGUGGUGACCUCGGUCGCUGAUGUGAGCCUGCCGGAAGACUGGGCAAAGAUCAAGGACUCUGCCAUCGACCAGUUCAGCUCCGUCGAACUCCUGGUCCUCAACGCUGGCGUCGGCGGUAAAGGAACAUGGGGCGACCAUGACUACUUCCGCAGGAUCCUUGAGACGAACCUCUUUGGCGUCAUCAACGGCGUCAAUUCCCUCCUGCCCGUCGUACAGGACGCCGCAAAGGCGAACAAGCGAACCGCCAUUGUCAUCACCGGCAGCAAGCAGGGCAUCACGAACCCGCCCGGCAAUCCCGCGUACAACGCCUCCAAGGCCGCCGUCAAGACGCUCGCCGAGCAUCUGAGCUGGGACCUCCGCGAAACCACAACCAGCGUUCACCUUUUGGUUCCCGGCUGGACUUUUACCGGCAUGACCGGCGGCGGGCAGACCAAGGACAAGCCCGCCGGCGCCUGGGCGCCCGAGCAGGUGGCCGACUACUUGUACCGCAACAUGGAGAGGGACGAGUUCUACGUCAUCUGCCCGGACAACGACGUGUCUGAGGAGACGGACAAGAGGCGCAUGCUCUGGAGCGUCGGCGAUGUCGUCAACGGCCGCCCGCCGCUAACCAGGUGGCGUGACGAGUGGAAGCAGCAGGCCGAGAAGACCAUGUCCGAGACCAGGAUAGAAUAA